AAGAGAAACUGCUGUGGAACGUGAAAAAGGAGGUGAAGCAAAUCAUGGAGGAGGCUGUCACCAGGAAGUUUGUGCAUGAAGAUAGCAGCCACAUCAUUGCUCUGUGUGAACCCGUUUCUUAGCAACCACAGCAUCCGUGCUUUCCAGGAGGGCGGUGUGCUGGGUGCUCCCUGCAUGUCCAGUCCUGUAAGUGGGCAGGGGUGGAGCUACCCGUGCCAACUGGAACUGGCAACUUUGGUCCUCACAGCCCCAGGGCGAUGCUGCACACAGGAGGCAUGUACACACCAAGUGCGGUGGAGGCUUGCCUCCUGCAUCAGCUGAGACGCCGUGCCGCCGGCUUCCUGCGCAGUGACAAGGUGGCAGCCCUGUUCACCAAGGUGGGGAAGACGUGCCCAGUGGCUGGGGAGAUCUGCCACAAGGUCCAGGAGCUGCAGCAACAAGUAGAGGGCAGGAAGCCCUUGGUGGGUAACCAGGAGCCCCUGCGGAGACAGGGCUCUACCAGUGGGAAGGCCCCAGCCCUCAGCCCGCAGGCCUUGAAACACAUAUGGGUCCGCACAGCGCUCAUCGAGAAGGUGCUGGACAGGGUCGUGCAGUACCUGGUGGAGAACUGCAGCAAGUACUACGAGAAGGAGGCAUUGCUGGCAGACCCCGUGUUUGGCCCUAUCUUGGCCUCUCUUCUAGUGGGACCCUGUGCUUUGGAGUACACCAAGCUCAAGACAGCCGAUCACUACUGGACCGACCCUUCUGCUGACGAGCUGGUCCAGAGGCACCGUAUCCGGGGUCCCCCUAAUCGCCAGGACUCCCCUGCAAAGCGCCCAGCCCUAGGAAUCCGGAAGCGGCACUCGAGCGGCAGCACGUCGGAGGACAGGCUCGCGGCCUGCGCCCGGGAGUAUGUGGAAUCCCUGCACCAGAACUCCAGGACGCGGCUGCUCUACGGCAAGAACAACGUGCUGGUGCAGCCGAAGGAGGACAUGGAGGCUGUCCCCGGCUACCUCUCCCUGCACCAGUCUGCAGAGAGCCUAACUCUGAAGUGGACCCCAAACCAGCUCAUGAAUGGGACUCUGGGGGACUCCGAGCUGGAAAAGAGCGUUUACUGGGACUAUGCCCUGGUUGUGCCCUUCAGUCAGAUCGUCUGCAUCCACUGCCACCAGCAAAAAAACGGUGGCACACUGGUACUGGUGAGCCAGGAUGGCAUCCAGAAGCCACCGCUGCACUUCCCGCAGGGAGGACACCUACUCUCCUUUCUGUCCUGCCUGGAGAAUGGGCUUCUGCCUCGGGGACAGCUAGAGCCCCCACUCUGGACCCAGCAGGGGAAGGUACGCAGGGCUUGGGACGCUCUGGGUGAAGGGAUGUGUGAGGGGAAGGUGUUCCCCAAGCUGCGGAAACGUGGCAGCGCGCGGUCCGUAGAUGUGGACGAGAUGGGCACAGGCUGGGCCACAGACUACGUGUUCCGGAUCAUUUACCCUGGUCACCGGCAUGAGCACAUCACUAUUAACUACCACCACCUAGCGGCCAGCCGCGCGGCCUCGGUGGACGAUGAUGAGGAAGAGGAGGAUAAACUACACGCGAUGCUCUCAAUGAUCUGCUCGCGGAACCUCACAGCUCCCAAUCCGAUGAAAGAUGCUGGUGACAUGAUCGAGAUGCAGGGCUUUGGGCCCAGCCUGCCAGCCUGGCACCUAGAUCCCAUGUGUAGCCAGGGCUCCUCCUGCUUCUCCUGCUCCUCCAGUAGCUCCCCAUAUGCAACUCCCAACCACUGCAGCUGUGUCCCCGACCGGUUGCCCCUCAGGCUACUGUGUGAGAGCAUGAAGAGGCAGAUCGUGUCCCGGGCCUUCUACGGCUGGCUGGCAUACUGCCGCCACCUGUCCACGGUGCGGACCCACCUGUCAGCGCUGGUGCAUCACAACAUCAUCCCGCCCGCCCGCCCCCCGGGGGCCUCAGGGGGCCUCACCAAGGACGUGUGGAGCAAGUAUCAGAAGGAUGAAAAGAACUACAAGGAGCUGGAGCUGCUGCGGCAGGUUUACUACGGAGGCGUGGAGCACGACAUCCGCAAGGACGUCUGGCCCUUUCUGCUUGGCCACUACAAGUUUGGCAUGAGCAAGAAGGAGAUGGAGCAGGUGGACGCAGUGGUGGCAGCGAGGUACCAGCGGGUGCUGGCGGAGUGGAAGGCCUGCGAGGUGGUGGUGAGGCAGCGGGAGCGGGAGGCGCACCCAGCCACACUCACCAAGUUCUCCUCGGGCAGCAGCAUCGACAGCCACGUGCAGCGCCUCAUCCACCGAGACUCCACCAUUAGCAAUGACGUGUUUAUCUCUGUGGAUGACCUGGAGCCCCCGAAGCCCCCAGGCACAGAGGAGCGCAGACCAGAGCCCGAGGAGGAACCCGGCGCGGGGCCCCCGGGCACCGCCCUGGUGGAGCAGCAGCAGUCAGUGGAGUUCGAUUCUCCAGACUCAGGGCUGCCUUCGUCUCGCAAUUAUUCUGUGGCCUCAGGCAUCCAGUCGAGCAUAGAUGAGGGGCCGAGUGUGGGCUUUGAGGAGGACUGCGGUGGGGAGGAAGGCUCCGACGGGCCGGAACCUGCAGUUCGAGCUUUCUCCGAGCCCCAAGAUCCCAGCCAGGAGAAGGCCUCUCUGGCCGGCGAGCUGGAGGCAGGGGAAGAGCUGGCGGCUGUGUGCGCUGCUGCCUACACUAUAGAACUGCUGGACACCGUGGCCUUAAACCUGCACCGCAUAGACAAGGACGUGCAGCGAUGUGACCGCAACUACUGGUACUUCACAGCCCCCAACCUGGAGAGGCUCAGAGACAUCAUGUGCAGCUACGUGUGGGAACACCUGGACGUGGGCUACGUGCAGGGCAUGUGUGAUCUGCUGGCGCCACUCCUCGUCAUCCUCGAUAAUGAUCAGCUGACCUACAGCUGUUUCAGCCACCUCAUGAAGAGGAUGAGCCAGAACUUCCCCAAUGGGGGCGCCAUGGACACCCACUUUGCUAACAUGCGCUCCCUCAUCCAGAUCCUGGACUCAGAGCUGUUUGAGCUGAUGCAUCAGAAUGGAGACUACACCCAUUUCUACUUCUGUUACCGCUGGUUCCUGCUGGAUUUUAAGAGAGAGCUGCUAUAUGAGGAUGUGUUUGCGGUGUGGGAGGUCAUCUGGGCGGCCCAGCACAUCUCAUCGGAGCACUUUGUCCUAUUCAUUGCCCUGGCCCUGGUGGAGGCCUACCGUGAGAUUAUCCGUGACAACAACAUGGACUUCACCGACAUCAUCAAGUUCUUCAAUGGGACUGGAGAGCAGGGCAAGGAAAAGCAGGACACCCUGAGCAGCAACCUUGGGCCCACAGUACCGCAAACAUCCCCCCACAGCCACCCUUGCUUCCAGAUCACCUGGUCCACAGGGGCAGGUCUGCAGUGACUAGGGGGCUGAUGGGGGCUGCUGGAGACCACACCUGCCUCCUGGGCCAUCGCUCUGCCCAGUGAGGCCCAGUGUCCCAGGACUGUGGGCUCUCCGGCAGGUGUCAUUAAGAGAAAGCACAGAUCCAGGUCAGCGACUUCCCCUUCUCCACAUCAACUCUGGUCUGAAGGGCUUCGCUGCCUCUAGCCCCAUCCACCCUCCUGGCAGCACCUCCCUCCAUUCUGCAAAUGACAAAAGGUGUCACAGAUUUCUCAGGUAUUGCCCAAGGCCUAUACAUACCACCAUUCAUACCAUUAUGUCACCCACUGAUGCCGGAAGCUACCCUCCUUGGAACCCAUUCCCCAUAGAACCCCAAAUGGGUCAGCCCUUUUCUCCACCUCAUCAUUCACUAGUCUACUUCAGUGUUCUUAGAGGAUGACCCACUAGGCUUUGUAAACCCCCACAUUUCUUGUUCUGCCUCUAUCUGGCCCCCAGCGGCUGCUGGCUCUGCACCUCCUCUCUGACCUCCUAGGUCACUCCCUGAGCCCCUGUUUGCACACUGCUCACAGCCCCUAGACUCCCCGGGCUGCUGAACCACCCUCAGCCCUGGAAUGUGCUCCUCCUCUAACACCUGUACCUGACUGCAAUGACCAAUGAGAAGUGGCUCUCGGGGUGCUGCACAGCAUCGCUGACUUGACUGAGCACCCCUGGAGAGGCUUCUGUCUUUCCCACAGGUUCCGGGUCACUCUCACCCGAGAAGCUGAUGUCACCCACUUCGCUAAGAACACCCUUAUGCAAGGUGCCAACUCUCCUUCAAGUUCUCCAGGGCCACAGGCGACCAUCUGCCCCUUAGGCUGACCCCUCACAUAGGGGCUGGAUGCCCCGUCUCUCAGACUGUGGCACUGCUCCCUAUCAGAAGGGUCUCCAGUUUCCCUUUGCAUGAGGCUUCAUAGCAGCUCCAAAAUGCCAGCUCAUGUCCUAUUUCUUGGCUGCCUUCCACUCCAAGUCUCAGCCAUCCUCCGUGACCUCCUGACUCUGAAACCAUUAAACCAACCUCAGUUUCACAGGCCUCCCUGUUGCUGGCUUCUCCUCGGCCCACGCAUGUCGUGACUGCUGGGUCACCCGGAUGACAGACAGUCCUGCUCUGCUGCCUCCCGGGUCUCUUACCCGAACUGCCCUUGAGCUUCUAGCUUCCAGGCUUGCCAGUCACGGCCAGUGCAGAGCUCACUGGCUCUUCAUGCACCAAACGCACCACGUGGUCUUGGUUUGCCUCUCCCAACCUUAUGCAUCCUGAUGCUCACAUGUGGCUCCUCCCUUCUCAGUCUUAUCUGCUUGGGCUCCAAGACCACACUUGGGCCCCACCUCCUCCACGGCCCUCAAUAGUACAUCCUCCUGACAAACACCACAUACCUGAGCAUUUAAUGAAACUGUCAGGGUACACUUAAUCAGACAAUGACUCACAUCACAAAAUAUCUCAUGUUUAGUUUUCCACCGCAGACACACUGUCCUGUCUGACCCUGUGAGAGAAGGCAAGGACUCUCUGUAGUUGGCGCAUACCCCGGCUCCCCCGGUGGCAGGACAGAGCUGUGGACAGUGUCUCACUUGGCCCAGGGGAAGAAUCUGAGGCUGGGAGUGUGUGAGCUCCCACCUCUAUCCUGCCUCUGCCUUCAUCUCAGGAGAAGCACAGUCACCAUUAGAUUUGAGUUUCUCGAUUUCAUUUCCUCAGGGCAGCCCCUCUUGACUGUUCACCUGCCCCUCUUGGGCACAGCAAUGUCUUCAACUCUACACACCAACUAGGCCCAACUUCCCCACACUCCCUCCUACAGACCCUAAUUCCUUACCGCACCAGUGAGAUACCUCAAACCAUUCGUGCCUGCAACACAAAGCCCAGAUACAGCCAUGCUUGGUAGCAGCCCGAAACCUGGUAGCUUUACACUUCCGUAGCCCGUCCCAGGCCACACAGCCCCCUCUAUCUUCUUGGCUUUGAGAUGAACCUGCUUCUCCCCAUAUUUCUGCCAGAAAGACCCCCUCCUCUUACCCACACCCACCUGUCUGGCUUCUCCCCCAAAGAGGCGACUGCUAGACAUGACAUCAGUUGAGGCCGCAUAAAUGACAGGGCCUGUGGUGAGUCAACCCUCACUCCAACCUGGCUGCUGCGGGCUGCAAGUGGCCAUCCUGGACUCUGCCUGCUAGCACAGCGGUUCUCAACCUGUGGGUCGCGACCCCUUUGGUGGUUGAACGACCCUUUCACGGGGGUCGCCUAAGACCAUCCUGCAUAUCAGAUAGUUACAUGACGAUUCAUAACAGUAGCAACAUGACAGUUAUGAAGUAGCAGCGAAAAUAAUUUUAUGGUUGGGUCACAACAUGAGGAACUGUAUUUAAAGGGCCAGAAGGUUGAGAACCACUGUGCUAGCAGGAGAGGAAGACUUCCGGCGCAGGGAGAGAGAACAUCAGGGGCCCACCCCUCCUUUUCUCACCCAGCCCAGUUCCCCACAGGCCUAGAAGCCCCUGAAAGUUUCCCCAGGGUAUAACUUUAGUCUGCUUCAUUUUAAUAUUUUUUAAAUUGACUUCAGAGAGAGGGAGAGAGAGAUAGAAACAUCAAUGAUGAGAGAGAAUAGAUCAGCAUCCUGCACACGCCCUACUGGGGAUCGAGCCCACAACCCAGGCAUGUGCUCCGACCGGGAAUCCAAACCUGUGACCUCCUGGUUCACGGGUUGAGGCUCAACCACUGAGCAACACCAGCUGGACACACAUUGCUUCAUUUUCAACCCAUUUCCUUUCUAAGACUACCUGGAUGUGUGGUUUGGUGCCUGCCUACUCCUCCUCUUCCUGUCUCUGUCCACUUAACUGUCAUUUUUCAAAUGCUUUAGCACCUCCAAGCUACUCCGGGUCUGGCCGGGGACUAAUCUUCCCACAGCUUCCUGCCUCACACACCACCGAAGCCCUCGGUGUACACGCCCUACCUACGUGGCCUCCCCGGUUUUCUCUUUCAGCUCCCAUCGCGCGCCCGGCUGCCUCCCAUCUCUGCAUGGCAGUCCUCUUGCUGGAGAAACUUCGGCCUGUUGUGCUCUCUGACCUCUGCUUUGCUUAGGUCAGCCCGAGACCCUCAGGUCUCAAGUCAAAUGCUCUGUCCUCAGCAACAACUCCCCACCCAGAACAAAUCCUGCAGUCCUGUCCUUAUUACGCCCUCCGGCACCGUCCUCUGGUUUAUUUGUUUAUAAUCUAACACAAGACCCAACCCAGGAGGACAGAGACCCAUACUUUUUUCUUUGCUCCCUGCUUUAUCCUCAGAAUCAGACACAGGACUGUCCGUAGUGCUUGAAUGAAUAAAUAAAAGAGUGA